AUGACUUUUCAGGUUGAUCCUAUCAAAGAUGCUCAAUAUAAUAUUCAUCCUUUCACUCAUGUCCACGAAACUUCUGAUAAGACUCUAGAUUAUGUUGAUCUGGUUGCUAUCGACCUGUCUAAAUAUACAGAUACGCCAGAAGGGCAAGAAUCUCGGAGGGCUCUUGCGAAACAGCUUCACAAUGCCCUCAGUACUUAUGGCUUUUUUUAUGUCACUGGCCAUGGAAUAGAGAAAGAAAGAAUAGACCAUCUAUAUUCUGUUGCACAGAGCAUUCUGGAACUACCUGAUGAGAUCAAGUAUAAGCACCUUGCGGGUGCGCUCAGAUCAGACGACGAAGAUCGAUCUGUCUCGUUAGGAGCAGAAAGAGGUGGUGGAUUCAAGCCACGACAAUACUGGGCUAUGAAAAACGGCGUUCGUGACCAAAUUGAACAUUACAAUUUUCUGGAUCUACUCCAUGAUAAACUCAUGACCGAACAAAAUCAUCCUGAAAUUGCCAAAGCAUACCUUGAGGAAGUUGCUGAAUAUUACAGACUAUUGCAUCACACUGUUUUAAAAAAAAUUACAGUUCUCUGUGACAUUAUUCUGGAAAUUCCUGAAGGUACCAUCUGGGAGAAAAAUUUUAAAGUGGUUCCUGAAGAUAGAGACGCAUCAGGGAGUGGAUUUGGUAGGUUUAUGAUGUACCACGGAAUGUCACCAGAAGAUGAAGCAAAAACAGACGAUACUUGGUUAAGAGGACAUUCUGAUAGUACUGCAUUCACAUUUAUUACUUCACAACCAAUGGCCUCUUUACAAAUUAGAGACUAUUAUACAGGUAAAUGGAGAUAUAUUCCAUACCUUCCAAAUGCCUUUGUGGUAAAUAUUGGAGAUGCAAUGGAGUUCAUUACUGGAGGAUAUUUCAAGUCGACUAUUCACAGAGUUGUUAAACCUCCUGCUGAUCAAUUGUAUAACCGUCGUUUAGGAUUGAUUUAUUUUUCAAAACCUUCAGCAAAAUCCGUCAUUGAUCCUGAGGCAGUUAAUUCUCCACUUCUUGAGAGAUUAGGAUAUACAAAACCUGAGGAAUGGGACAGAAUAGAGUACGCCAAGUGGGAUGACGAAAAGGGCCGACUAUUUGGUCGUAAAGAUCUAAAUAAUACUCAAACUGACGAGCCAUUACCUGUAAAAUUAUAUGGAAGAUAUGCUGAGAGAUGGCAUCAGGCCAGCGGGCCAAAGGUUUUCACUUGA